UCUCACUCUUUUACGCACCGGAGGAGACAAUAGCGGAUUCCAGCAUAUGCAUGUCGCCGUAACGGUAUAUCUGGCUGUACAGACGCACGCUGCUUCCCCGCUGGUGGAAAUCAAAGGCUGUACAUGGCGGUGGAGAGUACAAUUUGGCUGUUCUGUCUUCUUUCGCUGUUUUGUGGUCCAUCCAAGCAAGAAAAGCCUGUUUCAGUGGAGCUGAGCUGCGGUGCCGGGCCCAGCCAUGUAGUGUUGGAGCCAGGUUCGCCCCUCUUGCUGGACUGCAACUUGGGGGCCACCGACACGCCAUUCAAUGUCACCUGGCUGAAGGAUGGACAGCCGCUGCCUCUCGAGGGGGUUGACCACGUGCAGUAUUUGACCAACGGAUCCCUCCUUCUGCUGCCCUCCGUUAAAGAUGGCCAGGCUCCCCGAGGCGCGGAGGGGGGAUACAGCUGCGUGACCGCCAGCGCCCUCGGAGCGCUCACCAGCCGGACUGUAAACGUGCUCCAAGCAAGUCUGUCUCAGUUUCAUCAGGAGCCAUCACCUCAAACAGUGCCCAUCGGGGGAGCAGCUCGCUUUGAGUGCCAGAUUGAGGGCGUGCCCACACCUGUCAUUACUUGGGAAAAGGACCAAAUCGCUGUCCCUGAGGAGACAAGGUUCAUUUCGCUUCCUAACGGUGUUCUCCACAUUCUGGAGGUGACCAAGCAGGAUGAGGGGGUCUACCGCUGUGCUGCAACCAAUUCUGCCAGAAAAGACGUCAGUCAUGAAGCCCGGCUCACUGUCACCGCAGGCUCCACUGAAGCCCUGAACACAGUUGUGAUUGUAGCGCCGCCUCAGAAUGCCACGGUCGUGCUUGGCCAUCCCACCGUGAUGGAGUGCAUGGCGCAAGGCCAGCCCAAACCACUGGUGUCAUGGAGCAGACAAGACGGGAAGCCCAUUUCCACUGAUGUGGUCGUCCUCGCAACGAACCUGGUGAUCAGGGACACGAGGCGCCACCACGCUGGCGUCUACGUCUGCCGGGCCAACAAACCCAAGACCAGAGAGUUUGUCACUGCUGCUGCUGAGCUGCAUGUGCCUGCUCCUCCAGUAAUCCUUCAGCCUCCAGAGACGGUGUCCCUCUCCCGGGGAAACACUGCCAGGUUUCUGUGCAACAGCUCGGGGGAACCGUCCCCGGUGCUGCACUGGCUGAAGAACGGCCAGCCUAUCAGGUCCUUCAGGCGGGUGAAGACCCAGAGCCCCGGAGUCCUGCUCAUUAACCAGCUGGCUCUGGAGGACGCCGGCUACUACCAGUGCAUCGCAGACAACGGGCUCGGCACCGCCUGCGCCACGGCCAAGCUGACGGUCAUUGUGAGGGAAGGCCUGCCCAGCCCGCCUCGCCACCUGUCUGCCGCUCCUCACUCCAGCACGACUGCCCUGCUCACCUGGGACAAACCUGAGUACAACUCCGACCAGAUCAUUGGCUACUCCGUUCACUGCCUGCGUGCGGCAGGCUCCGACAAUGUGGAGUAUCAGUUCGCGAUGAACAACGACACCACAGAGUACCUGGUCAAAGAGCUUCUCCCUCACACGGCCUACACGUUCCACGUGGUGGCCUACUCUCCCAUGGGCGCCAGCAGCCCGUCUCUGCCCGUCACUGUAGAGAUGCUGGAGGACGUGCCGAGCGCGCCUCCUCAGCUGUCUAUAGCCAGCACGUCUCCCACAGACAUCAGGCUGAUGUGGCAUCCAUUGUCCUCUCAGCACAGCCGAGGAGCUGUUACCCGGUAUCGCAUUGAAUACAGCGCCGUGGAUCAUGUGGACACUGUGUUCUCGGUGGAGGUCGGGGGGAACGAGACCCAGUUCACGCUGAAAGAGCUGCAGCCCAACCAGGCCUACCGACUGAGGAUCGCGGCCGGAACAGUGGUCGGCUUCGGAGUUCCCUCUGAGUGGGCCCGGCACCACACACUGGCCCACUACGACCACAGCGAGCACACCAUGGUGAUCUUUGCUCCCACCGAGCUCAAAGUUAGAGCCAGAGAGAACACGCUCAAUGUGACAUGGCAGCCGUCGCCCAAUCACACACUGGCCUCUGGGUACAAGCUGUCCUGCCGAGAGGUGGAGGCCGACGAUUCAACCAACAGACAAAGGACGGCGCAGACCCACACCAUCCGGCUCCGGAAGAAAGCCAGAUAUCACCUGCUCACGGGGCUGGCCCAUGACCGGCAGUAUGAGGUGAGGGUUUGGGCAUUUAACAAGCAGACAGAGGGAGCAGCUGCAGUCUGGAAGGGAAGGACAGACAGAUCCACAGAAAAACCGUCGCCGCCGCCUCUCCGCCCGAUCCCGCUGCCCCCAAGCAGCAUUCAGGCUAAGGCCAACAGCUCAACAUCCAUCUGGCUGCGCUGGGAGAAGCCGCGCUUCAGCAACGUGCGAAUAAUCAACUACACAGUACGCUGCAGCCCGGCAGGAACUACCAACGCGUCCCUGGUCACCUAUUACACCAGUUCUGCACAGGAGGUUCUGCUGGGAUCUCUGAGGCCGUUCACCCGCUACGAGCUGGCGGUGCAGUCCAACGGGGUGGACGUGGUGGGACCCUUCAGCGGCACCGUGGAGGAGUCCACUCUGCCUGACCGGCCCUCCACACCUCCAGAGGAGCUGCAGCUGAGUGCGCUGGACUCCUCCUCGGUGCUGGUGAGCUGGCGCCCUCCGCUGGAGCCCAACGGCAUCAUCAUCAGCUACAAGAUCUUGUACAGCGGCAACCUCAGUGAGCCCGAGCACUCGUGGAAAAACCUCUCUCAGGAUGGGAGCAUCACCAGUGUGGAGGUCCAGGGUUUGUCCAGCGACACUCACUACUUUUUUAAGCUCGGAGCAGCGACCGAGGUGGGGCCCGGGCCGUAUUCAGCUAUAAAGGACGUCCACACCUUCCUCCAGAAAUAUGAGCUGGACAUCCACGCAGUGACAGGUAUCAUAGUCGGUGUGUGUCUGGGACUGAUAUGCAUCCUCCUCUGCAUGUGUUUCAGCUUUCGUAACAGCAAAUCCAGGGAGAUAUCAGGAGGCCUGGACUCCACAGUUGUGACUCCUCAGUACAGGAGAGGAGGCUGCCCCGUUCCCUCAGACAUGCCGGAGUGCAGCGACAGCCACGAGCUGGAAACGCUGAUGCCCCCGGGCAGCCAGGAGCCCUGUCAGCUGCCAGCAGACGUCCCAGAGGAACAGAGUCUGAUGGCAAGUGCUAAUCCAGGAGAAGGGGAAGAUGCCCCUGCACCUGAACCCAAGGCUGCUUGGAACGGCUCUGUAAGUCACAACUGGGCCAACAGAAUCACCAGAUACAGAGACACCAUAACAGAAGACUCCCCAGCUCUCAUUAAUGGAGCCCUCAACAUGUUAAUUACUGAUAACAACAUGAGCUCAGAAGAUCGUCUGUGCGCGUCGCUGUGCAGUAACCAGGUUGAGGCAGAAGUCAUUGUCCAUUCUGAACUGUCAGACCCUGAGCGGGAGAAAGAGGAGGAAGAGGAGGAGGAGGAGGAGGAGGAGGAGGAGGAGGAGGGCAGUGACAGCGAGAGUAACACCACCAGAGGACCUUCAUUAUCAGAGGACAGAGAUUCCCCUAUGAGCGAGCCAAGCCUGCCAAGAGAGGAGGAACCUCUAGAAAAACUAUCCCUGGCUCAGAGCCCCUGCAGUCUCCCCUCCAUAAAGUUGGUGGCUAAUUACAACGGGGACACAGAAGGCCCGGGACACCAGCCGACCGCAGACACAGAGGCGCAGCAGUACAAUGGGCUGACCAAUGGCUUCCACUCGCCGAAGAACGUGAGGUCGGUGCUCAGGCCGGAGCAUUUGGAAAACGGGGACUCCAGACUCUGCCCCGCGGCUUCAGGGAAGGCCAUCUCUGCCGGGCUGGCCCCCGCCCCCUUCGUCAGCUCCGGCUUUGUCCACUCUACCUCAGCAGCACACAGCUAUCUGUGUCCAUAGCCUCAGCAUGUGGGGAUUCACCCUUCCAUAGAGACAUCAGACUGCGUUUCUUUUCUUGAAGAAUCCUGAAGGAUUAUUUUAUGCAUCUCAUUUUUGGAUUUCUUUCACUUCUUUGCGAAGUUUUAUACUUUAAACCCAUUUGUUUAAUACGUGUGUGUGUGU